CAUGUUGAUAGUGAAGCUACCUGGGAGAUGGAGAGGGGCAGAGACCGAGAGAAAGGUAGCGAGGGAGAAGAGAGGGAACACUCCCACGCAGGUGAAUGUUAUGAAAUGCUGUGGAGGGUGGAUGGACAGUUACCACCACGUUAAUGUUCAGCCGUGGUCUGACUCUGCUGAGGUUGUUGGUGCGCGCCACAGUCACUUGGUCACGGGUCUUAUGUGACGCACAUGGGACGCACAUGCUACGGAGGGAUGCUCCAGAGACGCUGUUUACAGAACAGCAUAUGUGGUCAUUAUGGCACCGUGCCCAAAAGGGGAUAAUACCACCAACCCUGAAACCGGCCAGGAGACGCAGUGACUCUCAGAUGAAUAACUCUGUGAUGUCCUCAUCUCCCAGAGUCUCAGUUUCAGCCCAUCCCAGUGGAAGGAUGAAUGUGUGGGAGAUGUGUUGUGGCUUCACGAAGACCAGAUCAUCCCGGCGGAUCUGCUUCUCCUCUGCAGCUCCGAGCCUCACAGCCUGUGCUACUUGGAGACAGCUGACAGUAAUGGAAAGGGACCAACAUGAAGUAGCUACCAGCCCUGGCCGCCACCCACACAGAGAUGACCACUGAUCCAACAGAGCAGACCCUGGCCGCCACCCACACAGAGAUGACCACUGAUCCAACAGAGCAGACCCUGGCCGCCACCCACACAGAGAUGACCACUGACCCAACAGAGCAGACCCUGGCCGCCACCCACACAGAGAUGACCACUGAUCCAACAGAGCAGACCCUGGCCGCCACCCACACAGAGAUGACCACUGACCCAACAGAGCAGACCCUGGCCGCCACCCACACAGAGAUGACCACUGACCCAACAGAGCAGACCCUGGCCGACCACCCACACAGAGAUGACCACUGAUCCAACAGAGCUGACCCUGGCCGCCACCCACACAGAGAUGACCACUGACCCAACAGAGCAGACCCUGGCCGCCACCCACACAGAUAUGACCACUGACCCAACAGAGCAGACCCUGGCCACCACCCACACAGAUAUGACCACUGACCCAACAGAGCAGACCCUGGCCGCCACCCACACAGAGAUGACCACUGACCCAACAGAGCAGACCCUGGCCGCCACCCACACAGAGAUGACCACUGAUCCAACAGAGCAGACCCUGGCCGCCACCCACACAGAGAUGACCACUGACCCAACAGAGCAGACCCUGGCCGCCACCCACACAGAGAUGACCACUGACCCAACAGAGCAGACCCUGGCCGCCACCCACACAGAGAUGACCACUGAUCCAACAGAGCAGACCCUGGCCGCCACCCACACAGAGAUGACCACUGAUCCAAAAGAGCAGACCCUGGCCGCCACCCACACAGAGAUGACCACUGAUCCAACAGAGCAGACCCUGGCCGCCACCCACACAAAGAUGACCACUGAUCCAACAGAGCAGACCCUGGCCGCCACCCACACAGAGAUGACCACUGAUCCAACAGAGCAGACCCUGGCCGCCACCCACACAGAGAUAACCACUGAUCCACCAGAGCAGACCCUGGCCGCCACCCACACAGAGAUGACCACUGACCCAACAGAGCAGACCCUGGCCGACCACCCACACAGAGAUGACCACUGAUCCACCAGAGCAGACCCUGGCCGCCACCCA